UGUAUCUUUAGUGCAAUUCGCUUGUUUUUAGCUAGUAGCUAUCGAAAAAGAUAUCUUUUAUAGUUUUAUUAUAAUAAAAGUGCACAAUACGAUCGUUUAAUGUGAAACAUAAACAAGCAAUAUGGCAGACUCCCCACGCAGCAUUUUGGCUCGAUUGGAGCAGUUGAAACAAUGGCAGGAACAACAACAACGGGUUCUACUAGAGAAGCAUAUAGCCCAGCAACAGCUUCUCGAACGAGAACAGCAAAAAAUGUACGAGGUAUUGGGUCUUCAAAAUGCAACCGAGGGGGAAAGCUACCAGGAAUCCUAUGAGAGCAGCGACAGUGAACCGGAAUACGAGGAAACCAACAUGCAAGCGCAAGUCGCCUCCGAAAUGUUUAAGCUAACGUCCGUCAAUCACGAAUCCGCAACGUUCGAUUCUGAUCAAGAGUAUCCUUCCGCAGAACCUGAAGAUGCAUUGAAAAAACAAAGUAACAUUCCGAAGCGUCCGUUUUUGAAACGAGGGGAAGGUUUACGUGCAAGGUUCAAAGUUGAUCCCGAUAAGUUUAAGUUAAACAAUCUACCUACAUACAAAUUUGCUCAUCACAACAGAGAGCGAAACAAUCGUAAGAAUCGUUCCAGACACGGAUCGGGCCCAGCGAUAGAUGGGAAACAUACCGCAAACAGUUCACAGCCUGCUUCAAAAGAAUCCCGGACGACUUCAAAGGAGAAGGACAACGGUCUGCAACCGAUAGUGGAAAAGAAACCCCGCCAUAAAAGCGACGUAGGAAUUGUGCUAGACGUCAACCGUGUACAGGAUAAAAGGCUCAAAAGUACGAGAAGACAAGGCGGUUCUCUGCCUCCAAUUGUGAACAAUGACUUUAACAUUCAGAUGGAAGCUAAUGAAGACAAUAAUCUGAUAGAUUUUGCUAAACAAUCUUCCUUAGAGCAUGGAAAAGAAAUACACAAUUUGGGUGCCCCAUCUGAUGCUCCUUGGAAGCGAAGACUCGAUCCUUCCGCAGUUCCCGUAGUAUCGAAAGAACAGCGCGAUUUAAACUUUUUCGAACUACUCGAGCAGAAGGUCGUUGGUAAGAAUUUUAAUCCCGAUUCAAGCAGUAUUUUACGAUUUAUAUCUGCAAAUGAUACCACUGCCAACGAUGAGACGCUUGCCAAUGACGAUACGGUUAGCAAUCAAGCAGAAGGUGAGCCGUUAAUACGACCGGACGAUUACCAGACAAUGGGUGGGCUUGCUCCGUUGCCGUCAGAUGUACCAAUAGAUGAUGCUACUGACGAUUCAGAGGAAAGUGGUGAGGAAGAUAAACAUGUGCACGUACGAUUUGUAGACGAUGGUAAAUCUGUAUCAGGCAACACUUCGGACGUUACUGAUAACGAAUCCUACAUGUUAAAGGGAGUAACUCUGAGCAAAAUGUCCACUCCCAAUGAUAAAUUUGGGCAUCGUUCUCUAUCGCUCGAACAAGCAGCUCGGGAUAAUGAUGUAAGCGAUAGCGACGACACGAGUGAAUGUGGCGACGAGGAUUGUACCACUGCUGACAACCCUCACGAUCAAUCGGAAGGUGAAGAGACGGUCACCAAGGUUGGUGACGGUGACGAUACACUACGGAAUGAAAUCCUUGCCAAGAGUGAGCUACUCAAAGAGCGCCUCGCAGAAUUGGAACGUGAGAUCGAUAGUUAUCGGCGCGAAAAUGCAGAACUUAUCCGCGCUAAGCAGGAACAUGAGAUUGAGCGACAAAAUCUACAGCAGGACCGCGAAGAGAUGGAAGAGAGGAUGAACGACGAGCGGAUUAAGAUGGAGGUUUACUUUCACGACGAGCGAAUGAAAAUUGAGGCCGAACGCAAACAGGCCUUAAAGGAGGCACAAAAACCGAACAAAAAAGACCGGGAAGAAAUUUUGCGACUCAACGAAGAGCUGUCCGAGGCUAAGAAGCAACAAAAGGAAAGAGAUCUGAAGCAUAGUGCGUCGCUGGCAAGGUUUCGUGCGCAGGUGAAAAAUAUGGAAAAGGACCUUCAGGAGACGCGGUUAGAGUUGGAGGUGGCGAAAAAAGACAACCGAAGGUUGGAAACGGAAAAUGCUCGCUUGAAGCGACAGAAUAACAGUCGUAUGCUGGUGGAAAUCAAUCGAAACAUCGCUAAACUGGCCACCGGCGGAGGUGCGGAAGCAGAAGAGCAAGGACGGAAGAAAAAUAGUAUGUCUCCUGAGAAGGCCAAGGUUGGUCCAAAGAUGGAAGGCAAGGUAAAAUCUUAUCCGGUGCAUGUCACUGAACGGAAAGUAUCACAGGUGCGAGCCAAAGUGACCAGCCAUUUACCGCCAGCGCGGACUGCGGGACAAAGACAGUCCCAAGCGAAGCGGCUUCCGGCACGUGGCAACGAUUCAAGUAUGGACUCGGAUGAAAAUGAUGAAAAUAUUCCUAAAAGCAAACACCUGCCGGUUGCUGAAGAAGUGAAUGUGUUGAGCGAUAGCGAUGACGAUGAUGAUGUCACGGAAGAAGAAUUGAGCGAAAGUUCUAGCUCGGUUGCGGAACCACAACCUUCCUCGUAUUUUGCGAAAAAGUCAGUGCGUAAGACACUUUUCGAUGUCGUCAAUGUGGACAAAGAUCCUGCGCAGCCGAAACAAGGACUGGUACGUCGUGAAAGCCCACCGCGACACGAUCGUACGCCAGAGGCUUCGGAAAUAGUAAAAAAUCUUAAGCGGGAAAUAGUGAAUGCCGACGGCAGUCGGGACAUAUGGUAUCCGAAUGGAAAUCUAAAGAAAAUCUCUCCAGAUGGUAUGACGAUUCGUAUGCUGUACUUCAACAAGGAUAUCAAGGAGACGAAUAUGGCGGAGGGUACGACCAAAUAUUACUAUUCUGAAACCAACACCUGGCAUACGACCUAUCUCGAUGGGUUGGAAAUACUGGAGUUCCCUGAUGGACAAACUGAACACCGAUUCAAAGAUGGAUCGACUGAGGUACAUUUCCCGAACGGAUCGAUACGUACGACGAAUCCUAAUAGCGCCGACAUUGCCGAAGAAUGGAAGUAUCCAGACGGUACGACAGUGAUCAUCCGCAAGAAUGAAGACAAAGAGAUAAGUCUCCCAAAUGGUCAGGUGGAAAUACACACGAAAGCCCACAAGCGUAGAAUCUAUCCGGACGGAACUGUUAAAUUCGUUUAUCCGGACGGAAGUCAAGAAUCACGCUAUUCAAACGGGCGCAUCCGGUUAAAGGACAAAGACGGCAGGCUUAUUUCCGAUACCGGCGGCGCAAUGGUUAACAGUGCACUAAGGUAGAGUUGCGGAGGAUUAUUAGAAUAAUGCAUUCCCACUGGUUGGUUAUCAAACUAUGGACUAAUUUAUUCGGUUUUUAUACAUAUUGAAUAAACUCUCACCGGGUGAAGAAACUUUGCUCGGAGGCAUUUUUAUAAAUUGUUUUAACGACU